GGGGGCGGGGUGAUUGGGAGAGGAGAGUGGGCGGACUAGGCGGGAGAUUUGUCUUUAGGAAGUGAACUAACUUUCCGGCUGUAAGAAGCAACGUUCGUAGCGGGAUACCGGUCCCGACUGCCCCGUCCUUCGGGAGCGGUCAUGGCCGAGGAGAGGAGGCUGAAGCUGAAACGGAGGAGGGUUGGCGGCGGGCCGCGGGAGCUGAGCCCAUGGCCGCCGCCCGGGCCGUGCGAGGAGGCCGGGCAGAGCGGCAGCGAGCAGCUAAGGGCGGAGGGGAAGCUGCUGCCAGCUAAUGUAUCCACUUGGCUUGAUGACAAUGACAUGAAUGAGACUGACCACAUUUGGGCUCUUUUGAUGAAAUCGGUGUUUCCAGACGUGAAAGGAUCAGAUUGGAAGACUAUUUCAGUGCCAGACUUGCCCUUGGACUCUGAGAAGAUCCCCAAAUACAUUGAACCAGUUGUCACUGAAGCCAUUUCUGUGGGAGGUGAGAGUUUUAUGUGGACACCAUUUCCUCCUUCAGCGGCUCUUGAAGGGAAGAGCAGACCUGAGCCACUCCCCAGCCAUGGGGCCGUCACUGCAAAUAUGGGAGAACUGAUCGAUUCCACUGAGAUUCAUGCAGGCGGAUCUCGACGUCCUCUGUCAGAGACUAUGCAGAACAAACAUGUUUUAUCUUCUACAGACGCGGCAAAGUAUCUUAUUUAUCCAAAUGAAAAUGAUAACAUGCUGCCAAAGAGCCACCUGGUCAAUGUUAAAUCUAAUGAUUCCUGUGAAGCAGAUCCAGUGAGGUUCCCUGCAGAGCAUGCUGUGAGGAAACGGGAAGACCUUUACCGAGUGGAUGCACGGCAUGUUACAGGACACCGAUCAGCUGACGCCCUGCUUGGUCCGGCCACACAUCUUCAGAGGCCAAGAGAUCAAGAACUGCAGCAGCCGAUGGCUGUGACAAUGCCCAUCAGCAAGCCCAGUCAAGAGAAAGUAAAACAGCACAAAAUGCUGACAGGAGGGACAUUGUGCGGAGAGGAAGAUGAUGCUAGUGUCAGUGUUGGAGAAUGCCAGGGCCAAUCUUUCUCUGAAAAUAGUCCCUGUAUCACCAUCACGAACAGUGACAAAGGUGCUAUCACUAAAGGAAGGUCUGACGGGCAGAUGGAAGCUGGGCUGGAUUUGGAGAGCUGUCCGAUGUGCCUUGUUCCCUUUCCUGCAGGAUUCACCCAGUUGGACAUCGAUAGCCAUCUUGCCAAGUGCCUCUCUGAGAGCACAGACGACGUGAUGUGGUAAUUACUUGGCUGAGAGAGGAGCAUGUUAAUGCAGCCUUUGGACAGCAUUCAACUGGGACUAUAAAUAACAAUGCUUGAGCCUGGGAGCUGAAAAAUGAAGGCCGUCUUUGUGGCGAUUCUCCACAUUUCUUUAGACAGAAACGGUUGAUAAAAAAUGUCCAACUAUUUGCAUCUAGCUGAGUUAGAGUCCUCUCCAAUUAUUGACCAUCGAUACCAGCUGUUUUCAACAAAGUUUUAUCACUUUGGAUCAGGUCAGGAUAUCUCGUAUGUUAGAUGUUGAUUGUUAGCAUAUGCCCUGUUGCAUGGUUAGCAGAAUCUUUCCUUUAUGAUGAAGUGAUUUACUUUCUUACCUCAUCUGAAUGUAAUGACUCCGUGCUGAGUGCCAAGCGCAGUGCGGUACCUGUGCCCAUUAGUCAUUUUCCAGCCUCCCUGCUGCUCAUCAUUGCAUUAUUUGCAGAGAACCCACAGGUAAGCUAGUCCAAUCCAUCCUUACACUUCCAACAUGGGGUCUCUGGCGAGGAAAGAGAUGCCCCUCAGAUGACUACUGAAUUCCUACCUCGGAUUUGAAGAAGAGUCCUGACCCAAAACGUCAACCAUCCUUGCUCUCCAGAGAUGCUGCCCGACCCGCUAAGUUACUCCAGCACAUUCUGUCUAUCUUCUGUUGAGACUUGAAGGACUCGCGCUGAGGAUCUGAGGUUGACUUGCUGUUACUACAUGAAACAUGCUGUUUACACGUUUACACAAUAUCUAAUGUCCACUAGAUCUCCCUAAAUUGAGCCGUACUGCAGUGGCAUCUUGUUCACCAAUUUGUGCACUCGUACAGGGCCAGUGCCAUUCCCAGUGGGUGCUAAAAGCAGAACAGCUAUAUCCUAUCCACGUUGAUGCCGGGAAGCUAAAUUGGUAGCCACAGAGCAGCUGCAGAGAGUAUGUGGAGGGAUAGGGAGAGGAAAGGCAUCAAUCUCCUUCGCAUGGGGCCUCCCCCGGCAUGAUCCAAGCACUAAUCAAGGCCUGCGUUUGGUGGUAAGGCUGAUCAAUUUGGCAGACAUUGGAGUGAUGAUAGAAAUGUUGCAAUUGUCAAGUAAUAUUUCUUCUAUACUAAGCAAUGUAAAAGAAGUCUGGCAGAUGUUGAGAGUUACAUUGGCAAGGUUUGAAUGAGCAGCUCCCCAAUGUGCUGCAGUGUUUUUGUGAAUGAUAAACAAGGGUCGUAGGUUGCACCAGCAUCAAUUUAGUUUGGAAAUUGCAGAUAUGGCACUGUGCAGGUUAUAUAUUGUUAGCUAUGCAACAGUGAAUGGCCAGUGGAUUUGCUUUUGCCAAGCGUAUUAAUUGAUUUAAAAAUGAUCGCUAGUUUGCUCCAACCCAGGGUAAAUUGGCGUUUGCAUGGCUUGCAUAUUGUCCAUGAAUAGCUCAAUUUUACAUGCAGAAGUGCGUCCCUAGGUUGGAUGAACCAAGUUGCUCCACAUUGUAGAUAGACACAAAGUGCUGGAGUAACUCAGCGGGACAGGCAGCAUCUCUGGAGAGAAGGAAUGGGUGACAUUUCGGGUUGAGACCCUUAUUCGGAUUAGACUGAAGAAGGGUCCUGACCUGAAAUGUCACCCAUUCCUUUUCUCUAGCGAUGCUGCCCGACCCGCUGAGUUACUCCAGCAUUUAUCAAGAGUCGGGGGAAAAGCUAUUUGUCUCUAUCUUUGGUUUAAACCAGCAUCUGCAGUUCCUUCCUACAAAUUUUGUUUGCACCACAUUUUAUUCAGUCCUGUGACACCUCUAAUCUGUAUGGUUAACAUAGAUCUGUAUUGUAUUCAUCGUGUGAUCUUUCUAAUCUGAAUGGUUCAAUGAACCAAUUAGUAUAUUUAGUGAGCCUUAAAAACUGAAUUAAAAUAUGAAUAAUUAAUAUUUACAAAUAAACUAUCGAUUAUUAAUCUU